AUGUUGAUAGGUGAAAAAGAUGAAGAAAUGUUGCGUUUGUUGCGCGAUGAAAUUGAGUGUUUACAAAAUGAAAUAAAAUCUAUUAAAGAAGAAAUUGUUACUCUUUUAUAUCCAGAGGAUAAGCCAACAAAGGAAGAUAUAAUAUUGGAAGUUAAUGCAGGAGUUGGAGGACAGGAAGCAAUGCUUUUCACAAAUGAAAUGUUCUCCAUGUACAUGAAAUAUAUUAAUUAUAAAAACUGGACCAUGAAGUUAAUAAAUGUUGACCAAUCUAAUUUAGGUGGAAUAAGACACGCAACUGUGUCUGUAUCGGGCGUGAAUGUUUUCAAGCGAAUGAUGUUUGAAGCUGGAGUUCACAGAGUGCAGCGAUCCCCUCUAACAGAUAAAACAGGAAGACUGCAUACUAGUACAAUGACCGUUGCUGCUUUUCUUCAACCAAAUGAGAUUGAAGUCGUUUUGAAUCCAAAAGAUUUGAAAAUUGAGACAUGUAAAUCGAGUGGAAAAGGCGGGCAACAUGUGAACACAACGGACAGUGCCGUCAGAAUAAUUCACUUACCAACAGGCAUUUCAGCUGAAUGUCAGAACGAGAGGUCACAGCUGCUGAACAAAGAAACAGCCAUGAAACUGCUAAGGACAAAAAUUUUCGAGAAACAAAAUGAAAGCAUUCAAAACGAAAUUACUGAUAAGAGAAAAAUGCAGGUCGGUAGAGCAAACAGAAAUGAAAAAAUACGCACAUACAAUUUUAAAGAUGACCGAAUAUCCGAUCACCGAAUUAAUCAUAACGUAUUUGGCAUUCAAACAUUUUUUGAAGGAAGAGAAAAGUUGGAUGCUUUAAUUGACAUCCUUGUUUUGGCAUCAAAAGAGCAGUAUAUUCUUACCAAAAUAAAGGAACUAUUGAAACAAUAA